AUGGCGCCUUCCAGCAGACACCCACAACUGCAACCGCAGCCGCAACCUCAGAGCAUGGCGCAAAUUGUCGAGUACAUUCCAGAUCGCUUGUACCUCGCUGCCUACAACGUCGCUCCCACUGCCGAUACGCCAUUUCCCUACCCUGAGGAGCCUGCGCCUGUCUCUCCUAGGAAGAGAACGACAAGACUCGCUGCCGGCGCUACCCCGCUCGCCAAACCAUCUCGACCUCAGCCCUGCUACUUUACUGUCGACGAUACGCUCCUUUACAACGCUUUCCACCAUGACUUUGGUCCUCUUCACAUCGGUCACCUGUACCGCUUUGCUAUCCAGUUCCAUGACAUACUGGGCGCCAAGCAGAACAAGGAGCGACCAAUUGUCUUCUGGAGCGCUGCUGAUCCCAAGAGUCGCGCCAAUGCCGCAUGCAUGCUCGCGUGCUACAUGGUCCUUAUUCAGAACUGGCCUCCCCAUCUGGCCCUCGCCCCGAUUGCGCAAGUCGAUCCUCCUCUGAUGCCCUUCCGAGAUGCCGGUUACAGCCAGGCCGAUUACGGCAUCAGUGUUCAGGAUGUUGUUUACGGUGUGUGGAAGGCUAAGGAGGAGAAGUGCUGCGACUUGGACAACUUCGACCUGGACGAGUACGAGCGAUUCGAACGAGUCGAGCAUGGUGAUUUCAACUGGAUCACCCCCCAUUUCCUGGCGUUUGCUUCUCCCCAGCAUGCCCCCGUCCAAAAGAUCACAGAAGGCUCUGAGCUGUUUCCACUGCUCCCACGAACGAUAUCCGCUGUGGAUGCUCACCCCAAGCUGCCCAAGCCUUUCAAGAACGUCUUGAAGCACUUUUCAGAGAAGAACAUUGGUCUAGUGGUCCGUCUCAACUCACAACUCUACUCACCCUCAUACUUUGAGGCUCUGGGUAUUCAACAUCUGGACAUGAUUUUUGACGACGGCACAUGUCCCUCGCUCACAACUGUCCGCAAGUUUAUUCGACUUGCUCACGAGACCAUCACUGUGCGCAAGAAGGGAAUCGCUGUCCACUGCAAGGCUGGUCUGGGCCGAACUGGUUGCUUGAUUGGCGCCUAUCUCAUCUACCGCCAUGGUUUCACAGCGAACGAGGUCAUCUCUUUCAUGCGAUUCAUGCGACCUGGUAUGGUUGUCGGUCCCCAACAGCACUGGCUUCAUCUCAACCAGGGCACUUUCCGUGAGUGGUGGGUUGAGGAGCGAAUCGAGCGCCGUCUAAGAAGAGAGAUGGCUGCUGCCAACCCCAUCCCUAGCACACCCAUCCGUGCCAUGCAAAAGACAACACUACGAAACGGCCAGACCUCAACACCGCCCAACCGAAGCCCUUCAAAUCGCACACCGCUGAGCGAAGUUGACCAUGACCGCAAUAACAUUGGGGUUCAAGAAGACUAUCUGCCAGCUCCUACGCCAGGACAACCACGAAAGGGCGUUCGAGACCGUCACCAUCCUUAUCAACGUUCUAUCUCUGGAGGAGCCCCCGCUGAGGUUCAAUACUCAGUCGAGCAAGAAGCUGAGCUCAUUGCUAAGUAUAGUCAGGUUGGUGGUGAAUCCGACGAAGAGCUGCACCUUCGCAUGCGCCGCCGCAAGGCAACUUCACAAUCACCAGCACGCAGUGAGAAGGUGCGAUCUGUGAGUCAGACCACAUCUAUCUACACGAUAGAUAACGAUGCGUCACAUGAUGCUGAAAACAUUGGGUCUGUGCGAUCAUCUAAGCACGUUGACCGGGUUCCCAGCACCCCUGGUGUUCUUACCAAGGUUCGCGGCAGCAAGCGCCAGGGCGAGUCUCCUCUCCGCGCAAAGGAAUCCGGUGUUCGCAAGACCAGCGGCAGAGUAGGCAGCGCCAACCAUGGCACUUCGGUGACAGCAGCCACAACAGCUCGCAAGGUCUCAGGAGCUUAG